UCCGCCUUCUUCUUAACUUUGUUGACUGCUGCGGACGCGCGCCAGUUCACUCGCAGCAUCUUUCUAAAGGAUAUGACUAGACUAAACGGACAGAGAAUGGAUGCAAACGUCGUGGUACUCGGCACAGACAAUGUUGGAAAAUCUGCACUUACUGUCCGAUUCCUGACUCGUAGAUUCAUCGGGGAAUAUGGGGAUAUUGAGUCGCUUUACACUCACAAUGUCGUUGUGGAUGGACGAGAGCAAACUCUGAAUAUAUGGGAUGCUCCAUAUUCACAGCAGGACCUGUCCUUCGAGUCCUUGAUGUGUGAGAAAAGAGUCCAGUGGGCAGAUGGCUUUGUGCUGGUCUACAGCAUCUGUGACCGAGCCAGUUUCAACGCGGUCUCCAGACUCAUCCAAACAAUCAAAACCACUAAGGACUUUCUGGGCUUGGAGAAGAUGCCCAUAGUUAUUGUGGGAAACAAGAGAGACCUGCACCAUCGCCGUACUGUCCUCAGCGAGGAGGGCAGGCUGCUGGCGCUUUCUGCGGACUGUCAGUUUUAUGAGGUCUCAGCUGCUGAGAACUACCACAGCGUCCUCAUGGUUUUUCAUGGGCUGGUGGAUCGCAUCAGGGAGUCCAGGGUGUCUGUGAAAAAGUUAGCAGGCAUCAAGGGCAUUGUGAAGAGCAUGUCGGCAGUGUUUGCCCGCAGGCGAACAGAUUCGUUGUGAAGCUGAUGAGAGCUCUGGAAAUAAAGCUUACAGUAUGUGGUCUGAUAUGACCUAUUUUAGACCCAUUGAAGGGGUCGAACUGUUGCUGUGGCUCCUAAGAGAGUCCAUGAUCUCUCACGUGACUACAGCUGGACCUUCCUCGUGAGCAACUAAGGAAUUGCUCUAGUAUGUCGUCUGCUAAGUUGAUGGCUUUCAUUGAGAAUGUGUUGAAAGUGGAGAGUUCUUAAUAAAAUGCUAUGUGGCAGCAGAUUAUAUCAAUCAAAAGUGGAGUUAAUAUUCCAUAGUGUGAGGAGAAAUAGGUCAUUUAAUCUCAUUGGCUUACUUUAAGCAAGAAAGAUUUCAGUGCUUCUGCAAAUAAUCAUGAUGAGUGUUGGCAACAGGUAAACACUGGUGAUGACGGCCAUGAGAAUCAUUCAUGAUUCAAUGCUGUGGUCUAAAAAUAUAAGCAGACGCAAGACAACAUUGUCUUCUGCUACAUUUAUCAAAUACAAAAGUCUCCCACAGCAUCAUACCAAGGAGUUGUCGCCAGCUCAAGGCCGUCUUGCAGUUUAAUCUCAAUGGACUGUUUGACGAUUGCGUCAAUGUGCAUUCAGAUAACGGCACAGUGUUUUUUCCCCCAGCUUCUUUUCUGAGGCUGUUCAAGUGCUUUAUGAAGAACAGACAACUGUGUAAUUGUGCUACAAAAUCUAAUAAAUCACAUAAAGACUUCCCCUGAAUGCCAAUGCACAGUGCAAUGUUACAAUCAUCAGCAUAUGAAUAUGUGUUUUUUGUAUUGAAUGCACUGUUACAGCAAAAUCACGUAUUCAAAGUGUUAACUUUAGUUGAUGAAAGAUUGCAAAUGGAAAUCUGAAGUGAAACAAAUGCAGUGAAACAGCUGACAGUUAAAUGUGUAUUUAUUUGUCAUAUAUUUAUAGACCACAUUGACAUUACAAGUAUGCAUUGUAAACAUUUUGAUACGCUCUUUCAUUCUGGUAUAACGACUAAAGUGGAGUAGCUCUGCAAAUGUUGUAAUUAUUCCUGUUAUUUGUAUGAAAAUAUUGAAAAAUUCAAGCUCAAAACACUGUCACAGGUUGUUUUCUUCAAUAAUUAUGCUGUAUGUGUUGCAUAAAUCAUCUAAAAUAACCGAAUAACCUUUGCUGUGAUUAUUUGCUGCAACUAUCAUUCUGGUAUUUUUGAAGAGACAAAAAUCUGAGGACGUUUCCAUCUAGCACAUUGUCUAUUCAAAUACUAAUAAAGGCAGUGACAUGGCAAAAAAAAUAUGAUUAUGAAGUAAAUAAUUUAUUCUUGUAUGGGUCACAACUGUGCUGUUUUUGUGUAAUGAACCUGUUGUGUAAUGAUCAAAUCUUACUCCUUACAUCUUGGUUUUGCAAGGGACGUCUUUUGGAAAAAGUGUAUGAUCACCAAUUGCUGUGACUGUUGAUAAAAUAAAAUAUAAUUGAAAAGUA